UGUUCAUUGUUCAUACUUAUCCAUACCAUAGAUAAUUAGAAUUCGAAUUUGUUUGCUAAGCUGUCAUGGCUUGCGCUUGUAGACUUUGAAGUUUGUUAAAUAUUUUCAUAAAAGCUUUUGAAUAUUCUCUUAUUAAGACAGAGAAAUUAAAAUAUUAAUACAUGGUCCAAUUACAUUUAAGUGUGAACUAUAAAUUGUGAAAACCAAAUGUGAUCUCGUGUAGUUUAUUUCAACUUGUGUAGAUAGACGGUUAAGAAUUAAGAAGCGUUCGUUGUGAUGCAAACUGAAAGCUGCUGAUUUCGGUGCCGUGUUAACACGAAAACACGAAUAACUUAAUAAAAUGGAUUUCCAUUCGGAUUUCAUGGAGCCCGCUACACCAGCGAUAACAUAUGAUAACAUUAAUAGAUUUUCGAAGAAUGAAGAUAGUGGCUAUCACACAUCUUAUACACCCGGCUCAUUCCAAUAUUCAGAAUUAUCAAACGACAGUCUUAAUUCUGUAGUACAGAGGCAAUUUUGCCAAAUUCAAGUGGAGUGUUAUGAUAUUACCCCUGAAGUGAAACUCCGGUUAGGUCAGAGGUACAAUAACUGUCCAAGUUCCAUUAGUUUCGAAAACAAUAGAGAAUCUCCUGCAAAUCGACGUGGAGUCAAGCGGCCAUUUCAAGAGGAAAUAGAAAAUGUAGAAGAAACCUCUUCAAUUCCGACACCCACUACUCUUAUAGCUGGGUGUUUACGUAAACUUAAAUUUAGUGAUGGGAGUAAAAUGAAAAGUAAAGGCGCUACUAGAUGUACAAAUACCAUUUUGCAGGAGUUUAAUUAUCAGCAUGAAUGUGGAGUAAAUGAAAUAUCAUAUCCUACCACACCUGUUAAGAAAAUUUGUAGAAGCAGUUGUAAGUUAAAUAGCCCCUUAAGUCUCAGGAGACCUGUGAAAAAAUUAAUAACUCAUUCUCUUUCAUGUGACAUUGAACUGUUAGAACCAGUGAAGCAGCCGUCUUCUGUCAAAGUUAAAACAUAUCACAUCAAACCUAACAAAAAAAUUGAUGUCAUAAAAAUGUUAUAUGAGCAUGCAGCUAUGCCUCCAAUUAUGGAAAUAUUCAAAUACUUAUCCAAUGAAGAUAUUUACAACUUUAGUUUAGUGAGUGAUACAUGGUUGAAAGUUUGGGAUGAAGUUAGUAAGAAGUUAACAGUUAAGCAAAAGUUUGUCCAGUUUAUGCAAAGUGAAAAGGAAAACCAAGAGAACAAAGGUACAACACCAAAGGAAAUGUGUCAUAGGGUUGUUAGAAUACCAAUGGGGGUCCACAAUGUGGCCCAUACUCACUCCACAAAAAGCACAGUAACCAGCCCCCCAGGCACACCCAGAACUAACAAAUUCAAAAAGUUUACUAAAGCUGCAUCUUUAGAUGCCAGGAUACAAGUUGUGUGUUCGAGAUGUGAUCAACCAGCUAAAGUAAACCAAGAGGACUCUGAUGAGGAAUGGGUUGAAUGCACCAAUGACACUUGUGCUUACCAGUUUUGUAGAUUUUGUCGCUGUGACAGACACCCUGGCAGGAAGUGCCGUCAAUACGAUUUAGAAGGUCCUAGUCCAACAAAAAGGAAGAAAAACUCAUUUGCGAUAUGCACAAAGAAGAGUAAGCGAAUUUUACGUAGACUCUUGUGACUUGUAAUUGUAAAUGCAAAGCAUUUGCCCAGUGAGCUUUUGUAAAAUUAAUGCUGUUACAUUCCAUAUCCAAAGAUAGUUUUAAUGAUUUUUAAAAUCAUUGUAUAAAAGACAGAAUGAAUGUUUGAGAUUAAUAAUUGGAUAUACCCAAGGUCUGAUGCAGUGCCAUUUUUUAAUUUUUUUUGGUAAUUCCUAGUAUUUUAAAGUUUUGUCUAAUACCUCAUUUCGGUUUAUUGAUACAUAGAAAAUAAGUAUUUUAGUUCUUGGACAUGACAGUAUGUUUUUUUUUAUUAGUAACGACACUUUAGUUAAUUGCAGACCUCAUAUUUGAAACAAUUUUAAUGCCUCGACUGAUACAAUAGACAAGACUAGCUUUUUUUACAGUUUUAACAUUGAGUAUGAAUUUUUAAUGAUAUACUUAAUUUUGAUUUUUUAAUCAAGGUAAUUUAAACUUUGGCCAUAAUGGAUACUACUUUAGUGUAUGGAGUAGGAUGUAUAGCCUAACUAGGAAUAUAAAAAUCCUGGCCUGAGGAUUCCAAUCAGCUUUAUUACAUCUGUGGGUUGUUUAUAUUUCUGGUCAGGUUAUAAUAUUGUUCACUGUGAUAUUACAUUUGGUACAGUCAUAGUAACAGUAGGAUUAGUUUUUGGAUUCCCCUUUGUCCUUGUAAUAUCUUCAAGACUGUAAUAUAAUUCUCGUAUUUUUAAUAUACUCAUUAGUUCUUCUUUAUUAGUUUUAACUGAUGUACAUCACAUUUCUUUUGCAUUUAAUAUAAGUUUGAAGUUUUGUGUGUAAUUUUAAUGUAAUUUUUCUCUUAAUUUAUAGAUCUUAGUAUUUUACGUUUUAAAAUUCUUAAAUGUGCCUUACAAAUUAAAUAAUUUGUCGAUUUGAAACAUCAACCAUUAAUGUUUAGUCAACUAUAAACUAUAAUUAGUUCUAAAUUUUUCCUUUCGGUAAUUGUUAAUAAUAACUGUGAAUACAU